CUUAAUUUUUGAAAAUUGUUCCCACACUCUGAAGGUUUAGCGAAUUAGAGGUUUUCCUUUUGUAUUUACUGCAGCAGGCAUUUAUUCUAACACCAAUCAUGGUGGUGUUGAAAUGGCUUAUGUUUUUAUUUUUAAAAGAAUUGCUUGCUACACAAGCUGAAUCUCUUUUACCAGAAGUUGUAAAUUAUGCACUUGCAAAUUCAUUUAAUAAUACCGCCGAUGAGUUAAAUAUUGUUAUUGAAACUGAUUUCGAUGAAAACAAUGCAUUUUUUCUCGACACAAUUAAUAUAAUCCUGAAAGAAAACUGGAACUUUCGACUUCAAAUUCAUAUCAACAAUGAAGCUGUCCAGAAAUGUGGUGAUUUCAAUUUGUGGUUCAUAGGCUCUUAUAAAGCUUUUGGGCGUCUUCUUCCUUGGAUUCGGGCUAAUCACAGAGAUUCACAACUAUAUUAUUUCAUUGUUUUCAAAAAUUCUGCAACAAAAAUGCUUUACAUCAAUGAUAUAGAAAAAAUAUUUUCAGAUUUUUUACUGCUAAUGGUCGCUAAUGUCAAUGUUAUAAUAGAAACUGAUUCGAACGAAGUUCUCUUUUACACCUUUUUUCCCUACCAAAAAAAUGCAUGUCGUUCCACGAAGCCUCUGAUAACUCAUCGGUUUAGUGAUACAUCUUUUAACAUUGAAAAGCCAUUUUUUCCUUCUAAAGCUGACAAUUUCUGUGGAUGCCCCCUUCGAGUUAUAACCAAAAAUGAACUUAUUGUAAACAUGGCCAAAGAUAAUGAACCAAAUACUUUAGAAAACUAUGAAAUGUCAAUUUUAGAAGUAAUAAUGCUCAAAGAAUUUGCUUCAAGAAUGAAUUUUAAACCUGAAAUUUAUGAAUCCGUUGAUUUAAAUAUUUUUGAUUCCGAAUUGCCGAUCACUAAUGGAAAAAUUGAUGUUCUACUGGCAUAUAUGGCAAGUGGACCGAUGAAAAAUUAUUUGUACUCAAAAACCGUUCCGUACUAUUUGUCAUGGAUGGUUAUCGCUGUUAACCCCCAGUUAAAUACAUUUCGCACGCAAGCUUGGAUUUUAGCGCCUUUCAAUUUAACAACAUGGAUUUACAUUUUAGCUUCUUUAUCCUUGAUCACUGGUGGCAUAAUUCUAAUUAAUACUCGUCGUUUUAAACGCUUUUUUAAUGUCCUUCGACAGCACGAUAAUCAACUAGGAGGUCUCGACAUCAUUUCACUCGUUAUUGGAACAUCAAUUCAGCACUUGCCAAAUAAAAUUUGGUUACGAUUUUCAUUGAUAGCCUUUAGUUUGGGGGCUUUAGUCAUUCGAACAGUUUAUCUUGGCAAAAUAUAUGACGCAUUUCGCGGUCAGGUACUAUUGAUACCACCACGUAGUAUCAAAGAACUCUUUGCUGAAAACUACACAAUUUUAACAUAUCCAUAUUUUAAAUCAAUUAUUGACGAUCUAAAUGGAAUAGAAUAUCAGAAUAUUCAAUACCUUUUGCAAUCUACAAAAAGCUCGGAAAUGUUUGAAGAUUCCGAAAAAAUGGCAUUGGUUACUACCUUUGUACACAUUUAUACAUUUUUUUCAGCCAAAGAACGUUCAAAGUUGAUGAUGGAAGGAGUUUUGAGAGAGCAAAUGUGUAUUUUUUUCCAAAAACAUUCAUUUAUUUUGCCAAAAAUUAAUGAAAUCACAAUGAAAAUGGAACAAGCUGGUAUUUUGAAUUAUUUUCGAAAAGGUUUUGAAAAAAUUAAUAAUCCUCAGUUGGAAGGAGAUUUAGAGCCAAAGCCUUUAGGUCUUGAAUCUUUUGCUUAUAUAAUUUAUGCAGCAAUUAUCCUAAAUGGAAUAUCAUUGUUAGUUUUUAUUUUUGAGUUAUUGUGGCACUCGAUCAAUAAAAUAUAAAUUCAGACAAUGAAAUGCAC